AUGUCCUACAUGGAAGGAGAAGACAACGGCUCCUCCCCCAAGCAGCGACUUGGUAAUCUAGAGGAAGCCAUGCAACAAAUGGAGGGACUCCUGCACAACCUCAUAAUUGAACAGCAACAGCCUUCCCCUGCCCCUGCUCCGUCUCCGGCAGUGGGUCCAGGUGUAUCUACUGGCCAACAAGCCAGCUCGAGACCACUCAUCUGCCCCAACCCCCCAUUCGCAUUUGACGGGGAUCGCACCCAGGGCAAGACGUUUCUCCAUUCCGUCAAGCAGUACUGGCGCCUCCUCCCCGAGGCCUUCCAUGUGAACGGGGUAGUAUCAGAAGAGCGGGUGGUACGCUUUGCCCUCUCCUACAUGUCCAAGGACUCGGCGGCCUCCUGGUCAGAACGCAUGUCAGAGCGCCUCGUAUUCCCAUUCCCGACCUGGUCUUCCUUUGUCGCCAAGUUCAAGCUCCGGUUCGUCAAGGAGAACGAGCAAGACCAUGCCCUGGCACGACUGGAGACCCAUGCUUACUACAUGGGAUCCCGCGACGUGUUCAAAUACACGGACGAGUUCGACGACUUCCUCGACUUGGCGGGCUACAAGGAGUGCUGCGGAGACCUUCGGGAAAACGCACCUCGGGAUCAUCGGGCACCACACGAAUCCACCAUUUCGUACCGAUUCCCAUCGUCGUCUGGGAGUCCAUCCCCUCCCCCCAUCGUACCAUCGUCGCCCGAUCUGGCGCAUCAAAACAAACCCGGGCCCUCCAACCCCUAUCUCGCCCUUCCGCCGCCUGAAGACGAGAUCCCAGACCUCGACGAGCUGCCCUCCGAACAACCGCCCUCACCCCCACCUACUGCACCUGCUCGUACCAUGUCAGGACACCAUCGCAUCACCCUCGCCGCCAACCCUCCCUACUUCGAUGGGGACAAAUCCAAAUAUCUGGGCUUCGUAGACUCGUGCACCACCUACAUUGGUGCCUACCGAUCAGAGUUCUCGCAGGACGAGACCAAAAUCCUCUUCGUCCUCUCCUACCUCCGUAACAAGAACGGCACAAGCUGCGCUGCCUCAAGAUGGGCGAUGAACUGGAAGCAGCACAACUUCGAUGGUUUCCAGGGACUGAAGGCAGGAGUCACAUCAAAGAAUUUCCUGGAGGAGCUCCAGAGGGCCUUUGGGGACUCCAAUGCGGAACAAGUCGCCGCGGCUCGACUCAUGGCCCUGCGCCAGAACAAACGGUCCUUCGCGGACUACAUCUCCGACUUUGAGAUGUUGGCCUCGGAUGCGGGAUACAAUGUGGUCGACACCACCGACGACAAGGGCGAAUACAAGAAGGGAGACCAAGACAAUAUCCUCAUCGAGUUCCUGGAGCGCGGACUCAGUAGCGAGAUUGCCAGCCAUCUCUACAACACGGGUGUUCCUCUGCCCAAGGCCUAUGGGGCGUUCAAAGCCUGGUGCAUCAACAUCGAGGCAAACGCUCUACGCGAUCAGCUGCGCAAAGCAUUGCAUGCGCACUCCGCACCACGACCGCCUCCCCAAUUCCGCCCACAGGUAGCCCCAAUGACACCUGCACCCGCCCCGGCCCGACCCGCCGCCAACGAGCCGGUUCCGAUGGAAAUCGAUCGCACCCACGCUCACGGCCGCAAUAUCAUCUGCUACAACUGUCAGCAGCCUGGGCACAAUGCACGGAACUGCCCGGAACCAAGGAAGAAGCGCACAUUCUUCAAUCAGGCCACGAUGCUGGAAGAGAUCAAGAACGGGGACAAGGACAACGAGUUCCUCAAGGAGAUUGCCGAGAAGCUGCACGAGAAGGGUUUUUGA